ACCGCUGUGGCUACACUGAUAAAUCAGUGCAUAAUAAUCAGAAGUUAUUAUUGCCGGCUCUGCGAAAUACGAAGUAAGGCAAAGUGAAAGAACUGAUUAAAGCCCCUUUAUCAACCGAUCGUCCAAGUUUUGCAGCCGAACAAUGAAAACUGCAACUCAUUGCGCAUUUCUAAUUAUCGCGGCUAUAGUCGCCUUAUGUGGAGCCAAAGAAACACCGAGGGAACGCCCUUACAGAAAGAGCUUCAUCAAUCCGUAUCCGCGCUUUCAGUUCUUUGACGAUGGCGUUGAUCCCGGAGAGCCACUGUUCCUUACGCCCCUUAUUCACAACAAUUCGAUGAAGAAGCAAGAAGUUCAGAAUCUGGCCCGUGUUACGGGUUCCCAGUUUCACGGAGUGGAGAGCUACGCCGGCUACCUGACCGUGGAUCCCGGCUUUAACUCAAACAUGUUCUUCUGGUACUUCCCCGCCGAACAGGAUUCUGAUUACGCACCAGUUGUCCUGUGGCUGCAGGGCGGUCCAGGCGCCUCUUCGCUGUUUGGUUUAUUCACGGAGAACGGGCCUUUGGAGCUUGAUGGGCAUGGGAAACUGCAAAAGCGUAACUACACUUGGAGCAAGACGCAUAAUCUUAUCUAUAUAGAUAACCCCGUGGGAACUGGCUUUAGUUUCACGGAUGACGAUGCCGGCUAUGCCAAGAACGAGAAGGACGUGGGUCGCAAUCUGCACGAGGCCGUAAUGCAACUGUACGAGCUUUUCGAGUGGAGAAACUCCUCGGGUUUCUGGGUCACCGGAGAGUCGUAUGCCGGCAAGUAUGUGCCCGCCUUGGCAUACCACAUCCAUAAGGUGCAGAAUGCCAUCGAGACGCCCGUCUAUAUCCCACUAAAGGGCGUGGCCAUCGGAAACGGACUGUCAGAUCCUUUACACCAGCUGAAGUACGGCGAUUAUCUCUACCAGCUUGGCCUGAUCGACGAACACGGUCUGCAGAGCUUCCACGAUGCCGAGGCCAAGGGAGCCGCCUGCAUCGAAAAUCAUGACAUGGAGUGUGCCUUCGACGUAUUCGAUUCCCUGAUCAACGGAGAUCUUACUAAUGGCUCACUAUUUAGCAAUCUCACGGGCUAUAAUUGGUACUACAACUACCUAAAGACGCAUGACGAUGAUGGCAAGGCUUUGGGCGAUUUCCUGCAAUCGGGCACCACUCGUCGGGCCAUCCAUGUGGGUAAUAAACCAUUCCACGACCUGGACAAAGAGAACAAGGUGGAACUGCACCUAAAGAAGGAUGUCAUGGACAGCGUGGCCCCGUGGAUAGCCGAACUUCUGGCUCACUACACUGUGUGCAUCUACAGUGGACAGCUAGACAUCAUUGUGGCCUAUCCGCUGACCCGAAACUACCUCAACCAUUUGAAGUUCCCUGCUUCCGAUAAAUACAAGGUCGCUCCCCGUGAGAUUUGGCGUAUUGAUGGAGAGGUAGCCGGAUAUGUAAAGCAUGCCGGGCAUCUGGUAGAGAUUAUGGUGCGCAAUGCCGGGCAUAUGGCUCCCCACGAUCAGCCCAAGUGGCUAUAUGAAAUGAUCAAUCACCUUACUCACUAUAAGCACUAGGAGCUGCAUACUUAAACUAAAAUUUACAAUUUGGUCUCCCUUUUAAAGUUGUUUGUUUUAAUAAUGUCUAUAUUGAAUAAAUCGGGUUGUUUUUAAUGUGUGAAGUUA